AUGUCACAGAAAGAUAGACUUUCCGCUGCUUACGAAGAUGUUCGAACAGACGACUCAAAUACCUGCUGGGCGACAUUCAGCAGUUCUGCUAAGGGGGUGAGCCCAGAAGCCUCCGGUGACAAGCUCGAAGAUCUCAUGAAGCAGUUCACAGACUCGAAUGUUCUCUUCGCUUUCUUCCGACUUACGACUGGAGACGCUCUGUCUGUCAGAACAAAGUUUGCCUUCAUGACUUGGAUCGGAGAAAAAGGCUCGCCGAUGUCAAAGGCCCGGGCGGGCCCGAACAAGCGCGUUAUUCAACAAGUCAUCACGAACUUUGCCUGGGAAGGAACUUUCUCUGAACUGAAAGAACUGGACCUGAAAGCGAUCGAAACCGAAGUGCGCCGAGCUGGUGGGGCCAAUUACGACGCCCAAGCUUAG